GUAGGUAAGAUGAUCUUAUUUGAUCUUUGUAAAGAUUACUGUGCUGGAGAAUGGACCAGACUGGACUGAAUGGUGGCAGACAGACCACGCCAGAGCCUAGAGUGACUUCUUCUGACUUGAGCCUGCAGUGUGCUUUGAGAGAUCUUCCGCCAGAUCAUCUCAGCUUUGGUCCCUUGGAACCACCCACUAGCGACAGUCAUAAAGGCUAGAGAACUGCGGGUGAUAAAAUCUGUCGUGAUAACUGCAGAAGGCUCUGAGAUCCGAGGCGCUGCGUGACUGCAUAUCCUGAAUUCUUGCUGCCAAGAUGGGGAAACAGAACAGCAAGCUGCGCCCAGAGGUCAUGCAGGACUUGCUGGAAAGCACAGAUUUUACAGAGCACGAGAUCCAGGAAUGGUAUAAAGGCUUCUUGAGAGACUGCCCCAGUGGACAUUUGUCAAUGGAGGAGUUUAAGAAAAUUUACGGGAACUUUUUCCCUUAUGGGGAUGCUUCCAAAUUUGCAGAGCACGUCUUUCGCACCUUCGAUGCCAAUGGAGACGGGACAAUAGACUUUAGAGAAUUUAUCAUAGCCCUGAGCGUAACGUCAAGGGGGAAGCUGGAGCAGAAACUGAAAUGGGCCUUCAGCAUGUAUGACCUGGAUGGAAAUGGCUACAUCAGCAAGGCAGAAAUGCUCGAGAUUGUGCAGGCAAUCUAUAAGAUGGUCUCCUCUGUAAUGAAAAUGCCUGAAGAUGAGUCAACCCCAGAGAAGAGGACAGAAAAGAUCUUCCGCCAGAUGGACACCAAUAGAGAUGGAAAACUCUCCCUGGAAGAGUUCAUCCGAGGGGCCAAGAGCGACCCGUCCAUAGUGCGCCUCCUGCAGUGCGACCCCAGCAGCGCCGGCCACUUCUGAGCCGGAAGCCCCACCAACUGUAGAGCUGCUUGUGUUCCCUUUGGAGUUUCCUUUUUAACAAAAAAAAAUUUUUUUUUUUGCCAAACAAUAUUGACGGUGAUGCUGUUCCCCGUGUGGUCGGAUGCACCUCCCUCCGUGCCGCCUGCAGCUUCUUUUGUCGUGGACGCUUCAUGGGAAUGUCUAGAGCCCCCCGCGCUUGUGGAGAGCAUGAACAGUGCUGCUGUGCACAGACUUUGUGGUGUUCAUUGUUCUGACGAUUUUUCAUUGUUAUUAUUAUUGCUUUCCCUUUGAUUCGAAAGUCUGUGUUCUAAAACCGAAGACUGGGGGAGGCAAGAGAAGAGAAGAGAAAACAAUCCAGUCCAGUGAUUCUAUUGCAAGCUUGAGGGCCCUGUUUGGAAAACAAAAUUCCCCACCUGGGUCUGGAGUAACACAUGCCCUAGGGGUGAUGGCACCAGAUGCUCGAUUUCCCAGGGACCAGGAAUCUUCCGGGGCCAGGCUAUUAAAGGGGCCUGGGGGAUUCCCGCCUGGAGGCCCACCCCAUCCUCUUCCCCAGCAGGCUUUAGUUUCUAAGCUGUGAACAUUUCAAGGUAAAUUCAUAGAGGAGAGGAAAAAGAUGGCUCAGCUAUUUCUUCCCAGGUUUACACUAGUUGAGCUAAGAUGAGUUUCUCUGGAAAUUAAACACAAAUGGUAAUUUAUAUUUCAAAACCAGACCCAUCUUGUUGCCUAUUGUAGUUUAAAAAAAAAAAAAGAUUGCUGUAUAUAAAAUACUGGGUAUUGCAGACGAAAUAAGUGUUUUGCCUUGUUUAAAUGCAAUGCAUGUUUAGUGAGCACUAAUACAGUCUUAUUACAGGAGACUGUUUCCAGUAGCUUGUCGUGAAGUAAGCCAGCUAUAAUGAACGUGUGUGUCUUAUUUUAAAGUCGUAUCCGUCUUUGCACAAAUGCACCAAUCAACAGGUAUAUUUUAUAUAUUCCAGAAAAGUACAAAGUAACCAUGACCAGGGCCCAACCUUAAUUUUGAAUGCUUUUCCAGUGGUAGUGCCUAGGCAAUAGAAGUGGGGCAAGUUUGAGUCGGAUGUGUCAACUGGAGCACCAGAAGGUUCAUAUUUAUUAGAGAUGUGGGUUUGUCCACCCAGCCCAGCAGCCCGUUGAAAGUCCUGGAUCAGAGGUGCGGUGCUUUUCUGAGCAGAUACUAUUCUGUAGCUGUUCCCACCCCCACCCCAAAUAGCAUAAAUUCUUGGGACUUCCCAAUGCUUUAAUCCACAUGUAUGGUUAGGAAACCAUAGCUGGAAUGUUGACUUUUCCAUGCCUCUAGCGGCCCUGAAAAGAGUCAGGGGUUGGGCAUCAUCUGGUUCAUCUUGAAGAAGGCAUAGGCAAGUGUGUCCGUGAUUUCCAAGGCCCACCCUGGGGAAUCCAAAAGUAUCUUGCAUCAUCGUGUUCUCUGAAUGCAAAUUUCUAUUUACAGAAGUGACAGUACAAAUUUGAGUUGCUGUUGGGUCUGAUGACCUCAUACAUCCUAAUUUGAAUUGAAAGGUAAGAGUACAAGUUGCUGGUCACAGGUAAGUCAUAUUUUCACAAGCAGUAGGCAUGGGGAAGUCCAAACACUCAAGGAUGUAGACGGGGAGAUCCUGCCCCAAGAGAAGGCAGAGAGAUCUCCUUGGCUGCGGCCAAGCUACUUCCUGUAGACCAUGAACCACACAAAGAUAAACUUACAACCAUGAGGAAAAUGAUGCUGAGCCCAUUAUAAUCUCUAGAUUCCUGAGUAUUACUCGAUUCCAUUUAAACUGAUAGUAAAAAUCUGAAUUUGCAUGGUUGACCAAAACGAACCAACUUGGCAGGGUGAAAUUUUGAGACUGGACUCAGUAAAAUAAUCUUCAUCUUCCUCUGAGUGUCAGUUUUUUUUAUAGUGGUUCUGUACUGGGAGACUUGCUGAGUCCCUCCAUCGGCCAAGUGGUAAAAUCUGGUUUUGAAAACUAGGGAGUUAACCUAAGACACGGCGUGCACAGUAGGCAAGGGGACCCGGCCCCGCUGUAGGUGAUGUUCAGGAGCUGCCUCCCACUUUCUCCCGCUCUUGAUUGAAGACCUAAUUCCUCCUUUAGUUCUCCAUAGAUGGCGGAGUCAGGUAAUGUUGGGGAAAGCCCGCCUGGGCUCUGUCCUCAGUCAUGACAGCUGACUGAGCCAGACUCACUCCAUUCCCUAGAACCUAGAGCUGGAGUGAGAUGCAGGGGAGAGCGUCUCCAGCUGUUAAGAAAACAAAGCAGUCGCACGGCUGAUGAAUGCUGACACACCCGGGAUGGACGGAAAAUAGUCCUUGUCCUUGCCUGCCAUUGACCCUGUCUGUAUAUUCUUGAGGGUUGUUUUCUCAUUCUCCUCCUUCCCAGGAAGGCCUUUGUAUGUCUGAUCCAAUGCACUCGAAGUGUGGCCAAGGGACUCGGCAGCACCCAGAAGGCUGAAUGCCUACAAGCUUAUGUCACUCCUGUGCUGGGCUGUUCAUUGUCAUUGCUGUGUUGAGGGACCUCUGGAAAUGGAGUCUGUUGUGUCUGAAAUCAGGCCAGCCUGUGAUGUUCAAGGGACUGGAAUAAAGUGGCUUACGACCUGAAGGA